CUGAGUUGGUGAUCACGAGAUUUCAAUCACGCUCCGACAUGAGCUCAGCGAAGUCUGUUUCUGAUUACCUCCCACCUCUUACACCUGCAGAUGUCAUUGCAUGCCAGUUCUCUUCCUGGUACCCUACAUUUUCGAAAAUCACUUUUAAAGCAACCGUCAUACGAGCGUUGCCUUCUAAUUUUCGAGAAUACCUGCUCUCUGACGGUGUCACGCUCCCGAAAGGUUCAGAGAAUGCUUUGCAAACCUCUACACUCUCAGAUGAUGAGCUUUCAGGAGAUGAAGAGUUAUCAAUGUCCACAGAAAUUAGUCCAAUUUACGAGUUUCCUGAACUUGAUGCCAAGAUUCGUGAAAUUAUUGAUGAGUAUACCGCUGUCUUUCCAAAAUUAAAUUGGACCUCGCCUCAGGACGCAAGCUGGGUACUGGUGCCUUCUUCUCCCUUGAAGUGCACAUCCCCAGCGGAUGUGUAUUUAUUGCUCAAGUCGUCAGACUUUAUUAUCCACGAUUUAGAGCCCGAGAGGGUCUUCGAGGGCUGCGGCCUUGAUAUACAAGCGAAUGUACCAAGCUAUGAGCUGGAACUAGUCCUGAAGAAAUGGUAUCCGGUAGAGGGACCAAGGGAAAUAAGGUGUUUUAUAAGAGAUGGCCGGCUAAUUGCACUCUGCCAAAGAGAUCCUAAUUUUUUCGAUUUCUUGAACGAACCAAGCACUUUUGAGCAAAUACGUCAAACAGCCUUACGAUUUUGGACCGAAAAGGUGAAAGACACUUGGACUGGAAGUCCGAAUUACGUAGUAGACAUCUACCUCACUCGUGAUUUGUCCAAUGCCCAUAUCAUGGAUUUCAAUCCCUACGCACAACGAACGGACCCCAUUCUCUUUACUUAUCAAGAGUUACACGAAUUUUACAGUUCAAAUGCGGCACUCAUGGAUCCACCAGGAAUAACUUCGCCAUCACAAAGUCAAGAUUUAAACAAGACGACGCCCUCCCCUAUUUUUCGUGUCAUUCCGUCGCGUGCACAUGUAUUGGCAGGGAGGAAUAUUCCGAGGCAUGCACACAAUAUGAUGCCCCGGGAAGCACUGGAGUUUAGCCAGGGACGGACCGUGGCGGCCCUUCAGGAAGUUUGGAAAGAGGAAAUCAAGCGCGCCAUGGAGAACGACAGCGAAAGUGAUGGUUAACAAACAUGGGCGAUAUUGACGCCUAUAGGAACGUGUGGAGGAAGCUCUGUAGCAUAGCAUGUAAACACGAAAAAAUUGUGACUUGUACAUCUUGGCAUGAUUAGCGGG